AUAUCCAUCUGAUUGAGAGAAGAGGGGGAGGUUGAGCAGAGCGGCAGCAUGAUGGCGACAGUCGGAAGGACUUGAGAAGUAACGACGGAACAACGUAGAGCUUACUGUUAUUCCCUAGGCUCCUCCUUGCCUCUGCCUGGUUGGUUGGGGGGCUGGGGGGGGGACGGACUCACUCUAUUGUUUGAACCGGUGGGGGCUGCAGAGGAGCCCGCUGCUCAGGUCUUGCGGCUGUUUCGUGGAAGCAAUCUUCCGACUUUAGCACAGACGUCUUUGUGGAGGGUAGUGCUGUCUCGGACUGGGAGACGCACGCACGCACGCAGUUACAAUGAAUGCGCCCAGUGAUGAAGAAAGUAUAAGAAACAGUAGUGGAGAGUCAAGCCAAUCAGAUGAUGAUUCUGGGUCAACAUCUGCUUCUGGAUCUGGUUCAAGCUCUGGAAGCAGUAGUGAUGGAAGUAGCAGUCAGUCAGGUAGCAGUGACUCUGAGUCUGCUUCAGAGUCAGGCAGUCAAUCAGAACUGGAGUCUGAUGCGUCUAGAGAGAAGAAACAAGUUCAAGCUAAACCACCAAAAGUUGAUGGAUCUGAGAGAUCAGUAGCGCUCAAGAAGCAACAACAGCAAAUGACAGCUUCAUCAGGCAGUGGUUCUGAAGAGGAUUUAUUGAGCAGUGAAGAUUCUACAGAUGGCUCAUCCAGUGAAACUAAGAAGAAAAAAUGUAGAGAGUAAGUUAUUUUUCAUAAAUAUAAUCAUUUUUUG